AUGAAGCCUAUUUUUAGGACCAUUCAACCAGGCUGCCCCUGCAGACUCGCAGUGAAGGGAAAACCUCACCCGACCAGUUUCCGUCUGACCUGGGAUCCUCCAAAAGACAAUGGUGGUUCAGAUGUGGCGAAGUAUGUGGCGGAGCUGUCUGAAGGGUUAAGUGGUUCUUCUUGGAAUCAGGUGUACAACGGUUCAGCUAUGGAGUGUGUUUGUGGUGGUCUGAGCCCAGGAUGUUCAUACCAGGCUAGAGUCCACUGCAUCAGUGCAGGAGGCGAGAGCCAGUUGACGGAGCCCUUGCAGGUCCAAACACCACCUGUUCCUCCUGGUCCAUGUCAGCCGCCCAGGGUCGUAGGCAAACCCAAAGCGAGAGAGGUGCGGCUACGCUGGGCGCCCCCUCUGGUGGAUGGAGGUAGUGCAGUGUCUUCGUACAGCGUAGAAAUGUUCGCCCCCCAGGUGGACGAGGGCUGGGAAGUGUACCAGGGCUCUGAACUGGACUGCACAGUGGGAAGUUUACUGCCCGGCAGGACCUACGGCUUCCGGCUCAGAGCUGCCAAUAAAGCUGGGUACGGCCCUUUUUCGGAGCAUCUACAUUGCUUCUUGUUUUGUCUUUCACAUUUGAUGUGUUCUGCAUCCAUGCAGGCCCCUCCCUGUAACGGAGCGGCAGUGUCAGAGUAUCGCCUGGAGUGGGGGGCGGCAGAGGGCAGUAUGCAGAUGUGUUACACCGGUGCUGCACUGUCCCAUGAGAUGAGGGGUCUGCUGCCAGCCACCAACUACUUCUGCAGAGUACAGGCAGUGAAUGUGGCCGGUGUGGGGCCCUUUAGCGACGCUGUGCUCUGCCAGACACCCUGCUCUGUGCCAGCGCCAGUCAGCAGCGUCCACACUCUCCGCGAGUCAGAGAUGAGAGUGGAGGGCAGCUGGACCACAGAGAGGGGCGAGGACGAGGAGGACGAAGAGGCCAGACCUCUCCUUUACUCUUCAUCCACCUGCCUGGGGCUACGCUGGGAGGCACCGUGUGAUCACGGAUCAGAGAUCAUGUCAUACCUGAUCGAUCUGGGUGAAAGACAACCCAUCCUUACUGGGCCCGUAACCAAAUACAUCAUCCAGAACCUGCACCCCGACACCACCUACAGGAUAAGGAUCCAGGCUCUGAAUAGUCUGGGAGCAGGACCCUUUAGUCACACCUUUAAACUGAAGACCAAGCCACUGCCACCCCUCCCUCCACGUCUGGAGUGCACCGCUUCCAGUCACCAGACCCUCAGGCUCAAGUGGGGUGAUGGCCCGGCCAAGGCCCAACCCACUGAUUCCCUACAGUACCAUCUCCAAAUGGAGGAUAAAAAUGGGAGGUUUAUAUCCUUGUAUAAAGGACCCUGUCACACUCACAAAGUGCAGAGGCUAAAUGAGUCUACCUCAUACGCAUUCCGCAUCCAGGCCUUUAACGAGGCGGGCGAGGGGCCCUUCUCCACUGUUUACACCUUCACCACCCCCCGCUCCCCCCCUGCACCCCUAAAAGCUCCUCGUGUGGAGCGUGUGGACGAGUCGUGUGAGGUGAGCUGGGAGACACUGCCACCUAUGAAGGGAGAUCCAGUCAUCUACUGUUUGCAAAGCAUGCAGGGAAAUUCUGAGUUCAAACAGAUCUACAAGGGCUCAGCCACUUCCUAUCAGCUCCCAAACCUGAGCUCGUUCACGGAGUACCGAUUUCGCGUCUGCGCCAUCCGGCAGUGCCAGGAUGCCCCCGAAAUCAUCGGGCCCUACAGCUCCACUGUCAUCCUGCUCCCACCUCGUGUCGACACCCCCGGGGUCUCUGGUGCCACGGGGUCCAAAGCAGCCGAGGCCCAGAAGCCAAACCGCAGCCUGACAGACGAACAGUUUUCUUUUCUCAUCAUCGCCCUCUUGGCCGUGACCUCCAUCCUCAUCGCGGUCGCCAUCCAGUACUUCGUGAUCGAAUGAGCCUCGGCCCCGCAUUACAUCGUCAAAACAAGUUUUUGUUUGUUGAUGUUUGUUUUUCUUGCUUUAUUUUUCGUUCCGGCACCAGCGUCGAGGAGGGAAGGAUUGAGAAAAGGAAGUUGUAGAAUCACUUCACCCAAUCUAUUGUUCUAUCUUUCCGCUACCCGCUGUCCCUUCCGCGCAUGCUGUCGAAAGAACGCCAUUCCCUCUGUCGGACUCAGAGGGCGAUUUAUUGAAGGAUCAGCAAUGAAGCUUACCGCUCGUCGCAUACUUAUCUCGUACCACUUCAUUUAUUUGUGUAGCUGUAGUCUUUGUUAUUUAUACGUAUAAUUUCAGUUGUAAACUGUUGAGUGUAAGUUUCGUUCAAAGCUAGCUCGGUGGUUGCGUCGCUCACCGGUUUGCUAUCUUGGGCCUGGGACUUGAGGGCCAGUGACUACGCCGUCGACGAGGGGGUACGGGCGAGCAGAAGUCCCGCCGGGGGAUCUGAGCGAAGUCUACGAGUCCACAACUUAAAAAAGGCGAGGCGAGACUGAUACCACUCAAAUUGGCGAACGUUGAUUUAGCACUUUCCUCAGAACUUUUUUGAUGUUCAGAAUGUGUAAAGGAUGCAAAAAUAACUAGAGAAAUGCUAUUAUAUUUUUGUACAGUAUGAUACAAGGACCUGAGAUUCUGGCUUAGUACGGGGGAGUAAGACUAUGACUAUGAAUACCAAACUAACUCAGCUUAAUAGUUAUUUUUACUAUCAUGUACGUAUACUGUAGCUUGUUUUUACAAUCAAGCAGCUGCUUUGCUCCAAAAUAUUGUCGUUCAGCACAAUGUAUGCUUCUCGGAAACCUUUCCUUCAGUCGUUACCUUUGCACCUUAGUGAGAAGAGAAAAAAACAAACUUAUCGAAUGCG